GCAUUAUUUCUUCCCCUCCAAUCAAUAACGGUGAAUAUUUAUCCCGCAGCCGCUUUAAAAGUCACCUGACUCGUCCUCCGACAAUUGUGGGUGGGUUUAUACGAUUCAACACGUGACGCGCGCUCCAAAGCAGCGCACGUUCAUGGAAGUCGGCCGGAGGUUUGGCGGGAGGUUUGGUCGUCACUUCGGGCGAUGCUAACCGCGACGGUAGCGUCCCGUAAGCUGGUGCCGCGCCCUCUCUCUGAAGUUCGCGACGUCCAACAUGAAUCACCUGUUUAUAAGUAACAUGGGCGACGGGGUCCGCGACGAGGAUCUGGCUCGUGUCUUCCACGAGUGGAGCGUCCCGUUCACCGGAUCCUUCACCAUCAAAAAUGGCUACGCCUUCGUGGAGUGUCCGGACGAGAAGGCUGCCAUGAAGGCGAUCGAACUGCUGUCAGGAAAAGUUCAACUGUGUGGGAAAUUGCUGGAAGUCAAGCACUCUGUUCCAGCACAUCAGAGGGGUCGCAGGCUGCAGGUCCGCAACAUCCCCCCUCAAACACAUUGGCAGGUCUUGGACAGUCUGCUGUCUCAGUACGGCUCUGUGGAGAGCUGCCAACAAGUGAACGCUGACACAGAGAAUGCCGUCGUCAAUGUUCAGUUCGCAAGUAAGAACCAAGCCAGACUGGCUUUGGAAAACCUGAAUGGCUUCGUCGUGGACAACAACACCUUAACCGUGUCUUACAUCCCCGACGUGUCCACGCCGCCUGUGAGUCGCUCCCCAGCCGGCGUGCGCAGCCCCGGUCCUCAUCGGCGCCCUCAAGUAGGCUCUCCGGUUCACAGCCCUCGGACAAGGGAGCAUUUUAAGAUCCCGCUGCGCAUUCAAGUGCCCACGCAGUUCAUCGGCGCCAUCAUCGGCAAAGAGGGCGCCACCAUCAGCAGCAUCACUAAAAAGACCCACUCAAAGAUCGACAUCCACCGCAAAGAGCACGCUGGAGCUGUGGAGAAGCAGAUCACCAUCCAUUCUUCUCUGCGCGGCUGCACGGAGGCCUGCAGACUCAUCAUGGAGAUCAUCAAGAAGGAGGCGCUGGACACCAAGUUUACAGCCGAGGGCCCUCUGAAGAUGCUGGUGCACAACGACUUCAUCGGGAGGCUGAUUGGAAAGGAUGGACACCGGCUCAAGAAAGUGGAGGAGGACACCAGCACAAAAAUCACCAUCUCACCACUGGAGGACCUCACCUACCUGAACCCAGAGCGGACCAUCACCAUCAAAGGCAGCGUCGAGGCCUGCUCACAGGCCGAGGAGGAGCUGAUGAAGAAGAUCACGGAAUUGUACGAGCGCGACAUGGAGGCCUUGGAUCUGCAGUGCAGCCUCAUUCCGGGUCUCAACCUCAACGCUCUUGGACUGUUCACCAAGGCAGCAGGAGCCAAUCGCUCGGGGUCUACAGCCUCUCCGUAUGGAACCCAAGUGGCAUCUACGUUCAGGAUAAACUGUCCUCUGAGCUUGGACCCACCGCAGCACAGUGGCCUACUGUUUCUUCAUUCUUCGUUUCUUCUACUCUGCCUUGUAACACACAUGAUGAUCUCAUCGAAGGGAGCUUUGAAACGGUCCACCUGUUCAUCCCUGCCAUCUCUGUGGCAGCCAUCAUUGGAAAGAAAGAUCGCUCCUCCAGAGAGUUUGGAUUCCAAAGAGCGGCGAGUGGUCAUCAACGGCACCCCGGAGGCUCAGUUCAAGGCUCAGUGUCGCAUCUUUAGCAAGCUGAAGGAGGAGAAUAUUUUUGGACCCAAGCAGGAAGUGAAGCUAACGGCACACAUCAAGGUCCCUGCGUGUGCAGCCGGACACAUCAUCGGACGAGGAGGGAAGACGAUCAUGUUCCUGCAGAACAUCAGCUGUGCAGAGGUGGAGGUUCCCCGGGACCAGGUCCCGGACGAGAAUGGUCAGGUCAUCGUCAAGAUCACUGGACACUUCUUCGCCUGCCAGCUGGCACAGAGGAACAUUCAGGAGAUCCUGAGUGACGUGAGGAGGCAGCAGCACUACAAGACCAGAUCCGAAUCUCAAAGGCUGAUUGCUGUCAAACAGUAAACCAAAACCAAACUCCACGUUUCAUUGGUCAGAUGAUCUUCUCAGACUUCAGACCUCAACCAGGGAUAUUUGACUUUUGUUUUUUUUUUCUGUGGAGCUUUUCAGCUGGGUCAUUAAAGGAGUGUGUUUAGUCAAGGUCUUUACCUUCUGUAAGGCUGAUUCAAAGCAGAGCAGGUUAUAAUAUUUGCAAACAAAUGUAGGUGCGGUUAAACCAGACAGACUAUAUAACCUCGUGAAUGUUGACUUGCCAUAAUUAUAAAAAUAUGGUGCUUAUUUAAAUAAGACUUUUUUUGUUUAUGUUUUUUGGUUGACAAUACUUGCUGUUUUUGUGUUGUUAAGUGACAAGAUCUUCUUUGACUCCUGCUCUCUGCUGUGACAAAACUCAAUUUUCCCCAAGAGUUCUGAAACUAAGAUUGAAAUAACUGUGUAGCAACCAUGUUUUGAAAUAGAAUACUGUUAGUAUUGACUAAGUGUUAGUGACUCAUUUAUAUUGAAUUCUUCCUGGAUAUAUAUUAUUUCCCCUCAUGUGGUAUAAGAUGUUUAAGUUAGAAAAGAAAGUCAUGUAUUUAUUCACCAAGAUUUACCAAGGGAAAAAAAAAAAAAAAGUAAUAUUUCUGGGAUCGGGGCUUGAGUUCAUAAGCUAUUUGAGUUUCAUGUACUUUUUUGGGGUUCAAACACUUCAGCAGUACAACACUGUGCACUGAAGUCACCCUUUUCCUGGAGACCAAAACGUGCGAGAAGAAACUGUUUUUGUUGCUCACUUUUUGAUUUGAAAAAUGAGUCACUUGGUGACGGAUGUCUGUCUUUAUCUGUUUCAAAGGAGACAAUUGAAAUGCUGCUCUUGUUUAUUUUGAUUCUUUUCAAUGGACAUGGAGCUCCACCC